AUGGCCCAUAUCAUGGCUGACCGUCGUCGGUCCCGAAGUCGAAGCCCCGUCAGAGGAGACGAGGCCGAGAAGGAUGAGAAGGACGAGAAGGAGGAAAAGGAAAAAGUGCCUUUGUCCUCGCUCUUGGAGAUUGGCGUGGAAAAGGGCCUCAGCCUGAACGAGGCCCUUGGCCUGGCAAACAAUAUCCUCACUGGCCAGCUCAACAGCAACCAGAUCAUGGAUGCCGGGGCACUGCUGUCUGCUGCCAAAGUCGACAUGGAACCGCAGCCUCAGCAGAACCAAGCAGAGGUCGGGAUGGUUGACCAGCCUGUCCCAGAUGCAAUUCAGGGAUUGAUGGGGGACCUGUUUCAUCAGGAGGAGCGGCAGGCUGAGGAUGAUGCUCCAAAGCCUGUAGAUGAUCCUCUGCCCCUGGCGGUUGCUGCGAGCCCCGAGGCAAAAGCAAAGCCGUCCGUAGCCGAAGAGUUCCUGAAGUCUCUGGAGUCCAUGCUGCAGAGGCUCAAAGAGCAGCUGGAGAUGCUUCGAAGUCGUCCGCCUUCGUCGGAGCGGUUCAAGCUCUUGCAGGGCUUGCUGCGGCACUACGCCCAAGUGGUCAGCAAGUCGGAAUGCAAUCUGAGCCGAUUAGUGCCGUUUGAACCGGUGGAGGACGUGGAUGCCCUACCUUCAACAAUUCAGUUGCGUGGCUUCAUGAGAUUUCUCUGCAACAGGGAUUUCAAUGUGGAUAAAAGCACCAACCUGAAUGGCAAGCCGGUGUACAGAACCGAGGACGAGUUUGAGGAGUACUUCCUGUACUGGACUGGCAACGGCUGGCGGCUAUGUCCGCGGAUGCAGCAGGCCCUGGAAUUCCAGCGUGACAUGCUGCAUGCCGUUCGAUGGGGUGCGACAGAGUAUGUGGCCGAACAAAGCGAGGCCAUGGACACAACUGUCUGGACGGAGCUCUACGACGAUGGAGGAUACCAGAUGUUACACAUCCAGUUCAAUCCUAUCUUUUUAGACACACGUCAGCCGAAGACGCCGCCGCUAGAUGGCGAGGAUUUGGAGGAGUUUAUCGUUGACAAGACGAACUUCCCGCGAGGUCGUCCUCCAAAGGGCUUCGAGGCUGGCUUGUACUACCACUUCGACAGAACCUCGGGCAAGAUUGACCGGAGUCUACACGAGACCUGGGGUAGUAUCGUGAGAGGGAUUUCCCGCGGGACCUUCAUCAAGGUGGACGCGAAGGGAUACCUGCCACGUGUCCUGCGCGGCAGGACGGUGAUCACGGCCGUGAAAGACAUGGACCCAGAAAAGUUGAAGUCGCUGAGAGAGGAGUUGGACGAAGAAGAAGAAUAA